AAGCCAGAGCUUCAGCUGAAUAGAGGAUAAUUAUAAGUUGAUAUUUUCUUUGACCAAUCGUAACGCACUAUUCUAAACCAAUCACGUUUCAGACAAUGCAGACAAUCCGACCAAUAAGCGAUUCAAACCAAUAGUGAUUACUGCAAACCUAUUUACAAACACUGGGGUUAUAUACACAGAUAAGUGAUUAUAUACAACACGUGUUGACUCUUGACAGUUGAAAGUUGAAACAUUGUUAUUUAUAUCGGCAUCACAAAAUUUUUGAAAUUCCGAUAAUGGAUAAGGUCCCAUCCAUCGCUUAUUCGUGCGAAGAAGUAUCGGAAUGGCUUAAACUCAAUGGAUUUGAAACGUUUAGUGAUAAAUUUAUCGAAGAGGAUGUUGACGGUGAAGCGCUCGCUCUUUUAUCUGAGAAUGCACUCGAGUCUCUUGUCGACAAAGUUGGGCCAAGAAUGAAGCUUUUAGGCGUUAUUAAGAAGAUGGUUAGGAGUGAUUCUGAGUCUGUUGAAAGCGGCAACAGUGGUAGCUUGUCACGUUUGCCUUGGGAUUUAGAAUGCCCAAAUAACUCUAAAGAUCAAGAUUCGCCUCGUUGUUCUUCGCCAAUACCAAGGAAUGAUUGCUCCACUGUAAGAAAAACCUGGGUUACACCAUUUUGCCUACCUGAACGAUUUCCCCCAGCUGUACAAGAAGCCUUGUCAAAGAAUAUAGCCUUACCAAAGUUGAUUCGUGUGAAAUUUAUCCAGGCGAUUUAUGACAAGAUAUGCCUUUUUACAAUUUCACCAACACCUGACCAACGCCGUGAUGUAUGUAGGGCAAUUAUAUCAAAAUAUCCUUCCUUGGCAGAUGUUGGUGGCAGCUAUGAAACCUGGUAUCGUCAGUUAGGCGAUAAAGUUAAAAAUGAAUUAAGGCAUGAAAGGAGUGAUCCAGUUGUGCUAGCAAGAAAAAGAAAGUCAAUUGAAGGCUCGGAUUUGACAGCUAAGGUGCCAGGAAGCAGCCGAAGGGGAAUAAUAAAUUGGGAACCUCCUGCUGUUGAUGGUGAGGACCUACAUUCUAACAAAGCCCAUGUUCAAUGGAUGCAGAAGGAGUACCGAAAAAAGCACCCAAACAUGGAAGUCGUUAAGCAGAAAAUGCAACUGACUUUCUCCUUCAGAAGAAAGUACAUAAAUGCUGGGAAGUGUUCCCUUAAUGAAAUUGAUGCGAAAUACCCUUUUUUAUUUGAACAUGAUCAGGUUAGUAUUAUAUAGUUAGUAAUAUCUGUGCAUAAACAUAUAAUCCGGCACUGGGUAAUAUGAUUGAUAAGUUACUUUUAAAUUACUCUUAUAACUUAUAUUGAUUUUUUAUAGUUACAAGA